CAUUUAUAUAAUUCUUUGUACUGGGUCUUUUUUAUGAUUUUUUCAAAGGAGAGAAGGAGUAGCAGUAUGUUACUUCACAGAGUAAUAGGAAAUUUGUUGAGGUUCACAUCCAUUCACACAUGCAGAGGAUGUCAAGGUUUAGAAGGGACCUGAGUAGCACUUAGCCUAACCUGUACCAGAAUGAGGAUCUCCUAUACAAUAGUGCUGGCAAACGACUACCCAGCUUCAAGAUGAUGAUCCAUGGUGACAGGGAGCCCACCUUCUACUGAGAAACCCAUUCUAGGAGCCUAGUAAGGAUGUGGGAAAGCAGAUGGUUUAAAUGGAAGGCGGAGUGCAAGGGAGCCCAACUUUCCAACAGUGUGGCUCUCAGGAGGGUUCGAACUUUGUCCACUGCCCCAGUUUUUAUGCCAUCCACUCUUGCUUUGGCCAUGGUAUGGACUAAGGCCGACUGCAUGCCUGGUUCCUUCCACAAAGUGGUGGCCACUCAGGCAUCCUGGAAGGUUCUAGGUCAUUCCAGCUUCACCAACUCCUCUCCCUCACCUCCAUCCCAGAAAGCUGAAAGUAAGUGUGCAGGUGGGAACCGAAUAUGUGUAUCGCCAACACCCACAUGGCAAAAAGAAAUUGGAGAAUUCUUUGGGAUGUCAUCUAAACCCUCAGAAAAAGGGAAUCAAAUUCCUGAUGAAGCAGAAGCAGGAAGUAGCAGCCUAGGAAAACCUAAAAGAAAAUCUUGUCCUUUGUGACCCGAAUCCCACAGAGGAUGAUGAAUUUCCACAUGAAGAGUAGAACAUUGUCAUGUAUCUUUGUUUUAGUCAGAAUUCUAGGAUGUAAAGGUGUGUAAAUAUGUUUGUUUUCAAUGGUUUGGCUUAUU